UAUUAGAUAAACACACAAGUGGUUGUUGUUGAAAAUUGUAACCGCGUUGUAUCUUGGGAAAAAUUGGUAAUAGCUUAAGCAUGGACCUCCGUUACAGAAUUCUCACAAUAAAUGAUUCGGCAGCUGUUCGUAAACUUUUGGAAGAACAGUACACUCUUACAAAUCAUCUUGUAACACACCUUGGAAUAGGAAAUAAUGAACUACGGGAUGAAUACUAUUCACGGGUCGAGCCAUUUCUGAAACAAGGAAAUUCACUCGGGGCGUUUGAUGAACUAGAGCAAUUAGUUGCAGUUGUUGUUAAUGUUAAACAUGAAGAAGAAAGAGAAAAACUGUUUAAUGAAAAAGCGCUGGAAUCACAGGAACAUACAAAUAUAAGUGCUGUUAAACGGCUGAUCAAACAACUCGGAAAGGAUGAUCUACCUGUCAUUUUAGGAACAACUGAGUACUGGGAGCUGAAAAGAGUUCAUCCAAAAUAUCGUCGAUCGGGAGUGAUGAAAGAAUUGAUUAGAAGAACCAUCGAACUUGCCAAGCGGAAAAAUAUUGAGAAACUAGUGGGUUUUCUAACUUACGAACAACCACGCGAUAAUCCUCUUGGACUGUAUGUUAUAAAGCGGAUUGAGUUGUGUGAAUACAUAGAUUCCGUGACUGGAAAGAAGAUCUUUUCUGGAUUGAAACCGCCGCAUCAUGUUCAAAUAUUGUACGGAUAUGAUGUAGAAAAAGAUAAUGACACUUCUAUACAUCACAAAAGUCACAUUUAGUUCUAAUCUUACGUUAGUGUUGUACUUUUCAAAUAAUCCAUAUCACCCGGACAUCAAUUUGCUCAAUUAAUACUGUCUAAACGUCUGAACCGUUAGUCUCUUAACCGACCUGUGUGCUUAUGACUGUGUUCGUUGUAUAUUAUUUCACAUAUGUAUUGAUUUUGAGAUACGAAGUGAACUAUAGAUCGUUUUGCUGUUGUUGGUAUUCUCCUUAUUGUUGGUAAUGUUGUGAAAAAAAUCGCUUUUCUUUUUGACUACUGAACCAAUUGCUUUGAUUUUGAAAUGUGUUGUUGUUGCUAGAAGACUAUUACUUUUUUAGUUCAAUAUUGCUUUGAGUUUCUUUGGAUUCGCUUGUUUGUGUGAGAUGGCGUCAUCAAAAUUAAAAAUUGAGCACUCUGUGGCGAUCCCGUGUUCGCGUUCUUUGCGGUAUGGUAGUCAGUUGAGGUCGAAAAGACUGCGGUAGCCUACCGAUAUUGUAAAAGAUUAGAUACCCGUACUAUCUCGU